AUGUGCAUGCAUCAUCCUAGUUUAGGCUGCAUUCCCCCAAGUUUCACCAUCAGCACAGGGUCACCUGACCAUUUGGGACAAGACUACAAUGGAACAGACCAUGACACAGACAUGUUCCCUCCAGCAACUGAGUAUGACAUUCCAACUCCCAGCCAUCAAGAACUCAGUGAUGUCGAUGGCAAUGGUGAUGACUCUGACUCAUCAGGCCAGGAAUGUGAGAGUCUAGGGUUGGAGUUCAUUGGUCCUCUUGUGGAUUUUCUCUUUAGGCAGGCUGAAAUGCCUGCCAAAAAAAUCAACAUGCUGCUUGAAAUCUGGGCCACAUCAUUACUUGCCUUACAUGGGGAACUGCUAUUUGCUAACCAGAAUGACCUUUAUCACAUCAUCAACAGCACAUCUGUCAGCAAGGUCAAGUGGGAGAGUUUUGUGGUGCAGUACACCAACAAUGGACAAGAUGGACAAGACAGCAAUACAGCUCCUUGGAUGCUCAACAGUUAUGAUGUAUGGUAUCAAGAUCCACAUAAAGUCAUCCACAAUGUCCUUGCUCAUGCUGACUUAAUAGGUCAAAUCAACUACAUACCAUACUGGGAGUAUAAUUCUACAAACAAUCAAAGGCACUGGGAGGAUUUCAUGUCAGGAGCCUGGGAGUGGAACAAGGCAGACAGAAUCAUUAGUGAGGAUCCAACAACAGCUGGGGUGACACUAAUUCCCAUCAUUCUCAGUAAUGACAACACAACGGUAUCAGUAGCAACUGGCCAGACCAACUAUUACCCCUUGUAUCUCUCCAUCAGAAAUGUUUGCAACACUGUUCAUCAUGCUCACUGUAGUGUGGUAGUCCUCAUUGGGUUCCUGGCAAUGCCAAAGACCACUAGAGAACAUGCCAGAUCCUCUGCUUUCCAAAAUUUCAAAAGGCAGCUUUUCCACUCCUUGAUAACACACAUUCUUUUGGCUUAUAUAGCUGACUACAAGGAACAAGUUCUGUUGUCUUGUAUCAUACAGAAUUGGUGCCUGAAGUGCCUUGCACACUGGGAGAGUCUGGAUGAUGAUGUGCUCUGUCAUCAUCGUGAGCAUGCUGACACUGUGAUUGAAGAAUUUGACUUUCAUAAACUGUGGGACACAUAUGGGAUUGUUGGUGACAUAGUGCUGUUUACAAACAAUUUUCCAUGUGCAGACAUCUAUGGCAUGCUUUCACCAGAUAUCCUCCACCAGCUUAUCAAAGGUGGGUUCAAGGACCACCUGGUGGAUUGGGUCAAGCACUACCUGAUCCACAUUCAUGGAAAGACACAGGCAGAAAAAGUCUUGGAUGAGAUUGACCAGCAGAUCGCAGCUGUUGCCCCAUAUACUGGGCUGUGGCAUUUCCCUCAAGGUCAACACUUCAAACAGUGGACCAGUGACAAUUCCAAGGGCCUUAUGAAGGUUUACAUUGCAGCAAUUGAAGGUUAUGUUCCACAAUAUACAUUUGUUGAAAUUGACAAUGCACUCAGGUGCUUCCACCUUUAUUGUGAAGUCUUCUGGAAUGCUGGGGUAGUUGAUACCUUCUCACUGUGCUGGCAACAUGCUAUGAAGCAUUACUACCACCUUAUCUGUCAGUUUGGUGCACCUAAUGGCCUCUGCUCUUCAAUUACAGAGUCCAAACAUAUUAAAGCCAUCAAAUGGCCUUAUUGGCACACUAACUGCUUUCAAGCUCUCAGAUGGAUGCUUUUGAUCAACCAGAGGCUCAACAAGCUCAUCACUGCACACACUGACUUUAAAGAACAUGGUAUGUUAAAUGAACCAUUGCUAUCACAUGCACUCAGGGCUCUAGAACAAGCAGGGAGUUAUGAGGAGGAACUGGGCAAUGCCAUUGAUGCUCCCAGGUUGGUCAAGGCCCAUUGCACAAGGACCAUAGGCACCCUAGCAGCUGAGCUCUGCCUGCCACAGCUUCCCAACAUUCUGUGCCACUUCCUCUACUUGCAACUCUUUCCCACUGAUGAUCUGGAUGACAUCCCCCUCAACAAGUGCCCACCCUAUGAUGGUAGCAUGUGUGUCUACAACUCUGCAUGUUCCACUUUUUUGUACCAACACCAUGAGUACAUUCAUUCCUGCCCCAUGUGGAGGAACAAAGGACCCUGCUUUGACUGUGUCUUUGUUGUAACUGAUCCAGAGGCAGAGGGUAUGUGUGGACUGGACAUUGCCUGUGUUCUGUGCUUUUUUUUGUUCAAGUAUCAAGGCACUUUGUAUCCAUGUGCUGUCAUACAUUGGUUCAACUGCAUGGGAGAUGGCCCAGAUGUAGCUACAGGGAUGUGGAUCAUCUGCCCAAGUUACAAUGCAUGCAAUGUCCCACACAUCACCAUCAUUCACAUCAAUGCAAUAUAUCAUGUGACCCAUCUCAUCCCCAUUUAUGCUGCCUACAACAUCAACACCAGAGACAUCAAGCCUCAUGACUCCUACAAUACAUUCAAUUCCUUCUAUGUGAACAAAUUCACUGACCAUCAUGCAUUUGAAAUUGCAUUCUAG